AUGAAAUCUAAUAGAAAAAUCAAAAGCUCAGGCUUCAGCUUGCCAUUCCACCCCUACCAAAUAGCAAGCUGAGUGAUAACUCUUGUCACUAUUUUUGUAUUUUAUGCCUUAAUAAUUCCAUUUCAAGACUCAAAUGCUCAGAUUUCCAUGUCGAUCAUAUAUGGAAGUCUACAAGUUUUGACUAUUAUUUUAGGGUAUAUAUUAACCGCGUCAAACCCAACUGAUCCAAUGGUAUUAGAAUACCUCUCCGUCAAGAAAAAAAAGUAAUAGCCAAAUAGAGAAAAAUUCACAAAAUCUUAUACAAAUUACUGUUCACUUUGCAGCUCACCAGUGACUGCCGAUAGCAAACACUGUAUGAGGUGCAAUAGGUGUACAGAUAAAUUUGAUCAUCAUUGUAAAUGAGUCAACAAUUGUAUUGGGCGCAAAAAUUAUCAUAAUCCUUUUUUUAAUAAUUAAAUAAUUUUUUUCUGAAUAAAAAAGUCUUAUCCCUAAUUGGAAAAAAAAUAAUUUAAUAGUUUUGGAUAAAAAUUAGUAGUCAUUUAAAUAUUUUUUUUGCUUUUAAUCUUUGUAGUCGAGAUUAACCAGCUGUUCUUUAUUAUAUGCUGCGCUUAUGAAAUCCAUUUAGGAAUUGAUAACUCUGAUGAUUUUGAAAAUAAAUGUGAAGAUGCAUAUGGAAAAAAUGCGAAAAUUGUGAUUUUAGUUAUUAUCUGAUUUAUGAUUAUUUCAAGUUUUUUGAUUUUUAUGGCUAAUGCCUACUUGAUAGGUUUCCAUGUUUAUAUUAUUUGAAAUGAUCUCACAACUUAUGAGCUAAUAAUGAAGAGACGAGAAGCAAAAGGCUUAGUUGAUAAAGAAGACGCGUCAGAAGAGGUAGUUGGAGAAAAUUCUGACCAAAAUGAGCACGAUUCUUCUAUAAUCCAAAUCAUUCAGUCCGCUAAAGUGUCUGAUUGCUCGAUUGGUAGCGAUAAAAAUUCUCCAUAUAGAGAAAGAACCGAAGCUUAG